AGUAGGUAUGUUUAUUCGGUACCUGGGGGAUCCUCCACCACAAACAUGCACACCCAUAUGACCCGGGGCUACCUCCCUUAUGCUCCGAAUGAUACAUAUGCAUAAGAUGCUUAUACAUAUUCAUAGACUCUCUGAGAAAUCAUUUCCAUAUGCCUCGCCUUCGUCUCUUCUCUUCGCACCUGCGCAGUUCUUCCUGGUGGUCGUGGGCCGGGGUAUCAAGGAUGAAGUAAGGCUCCCUCUUCUUCAUAAACUUCUCAACUUUUGUCUCUGGCGCAUGCCCUCUGGGCCCCUGGUGCCACACUGCCCCAGCUACAACUCUGGCUUGUGCUCUCUGGGUCCCUCGUGCCAGAUUUCCCCAGCUACAACUUUGGCACCAGCCCUCUGAGCCCUUGGCGCCUGUCCAACCCACAGAACCAGCCCCCAUGUUAUCAGAGAACAGCAUGUCUUAACGAACAAAGGGCAUGUUUUAACAAACCAUCGGCAUGUCUUAACAAAUAAUCAGCAUGUCUUAACAAACAAAGGGCAUGUUUUAACAAACAAUCUUAGCAAACAAAUGGCAUGUCAAACGGCAUGUCUCAACCCCCAGGUGCUAGUUUCUCUCCAUCACAGGUAACUCCAGACUCAGCUGCACUAAAACACAUGAACACCAAGUUACGUGUCUCACCAAGGGCAAUGGCAGGCAGUGGAUGCCUUCGGAUGGCAGGGAGCCAUGAGUGUGUCAAAGUGCUUGGGGUCACAGACCUCACCUGCAGCAGGACCAGAAGCAUGCCCAGGUGUCGCUGCUUUAUGCCAGCCAUGUCCCCUCCGCACGAAGAAGACAUUCGCGUGGUACACUGACCCACAGCCUCGGCCCAGCCCCCAGCUUCCAGGCAGACUGGACCAGUCCCGAAGAGUACUGCCCGUAUCCGGGCUGGUUGCAACGCCGGUCCCGGUCCCAAACUGCUCCUGAGGCCCAGAAGCUGCGUGACCGCGGGCAGCCCAGGCGCCGCCCUAGGGCGACGGGGCCUCGACGCCGAAGCCUGCUCGACGCCUCAGAGCGGAGCCGAGCCCCAGGCACCAGCGGUGAUAACUGGCUUCCCGGGGCCGAACUGCUACGGCCGCUCUGACAGCCCGGCGGGCAGCAGCUGCCCGCGGCGGCCCGUCCCACCGCCCUCCCAGGGACAGGGACCGGGCCCCGGCCCUCGCUCCGCCGCCGCCCGCCGCGGCGAGGGCUGCGCUGGGGCGAGGCUUCCAGCGCUCGGCCGCCGCUUCACCCAGGAGCCAACCUCUCGGGCUCCCGCCGCCGGGGGUCGGGUGAGGUAGGAAAGAAAAAAAAGCCUCACGCAACCGGCUCCGGGAGCAGCCGCCGCCGCCCCGCCAGCAGCUCGGCGCUGUCCGUGAGUCCCGGUGGGCGGGGGAAGCUCUCGCCUCAGCCAUCGGUGGUGACGCCGGGAGCUCACGGCCCUGCCGGCCCUCGCCUCUGCCGCCGGGGCGCGGCGUGCCGUCCCGCAGGUGCGGGGCCCGGCGCAGCGGGGGGAGGCUGAGGCGGGCGGGCGGCUCCGGGCGGCGGGGCCGAGCUGUGCGGCUGGCGGUCGCCGUCGGCUGCGCGGCUCCCCCCGCCCUGCUGCCGCCUGACCGGGAGUUGGUGCGGGCUUCCCAGGGCGUCGGCGCACCUCCCCGGUGGAGGAGAGGGCGGGAAACGCCUCAGCCUCCACCAGCUUUCUCCUCAGACGCCGCACCCUACCUGGCUGCUCCCCGCGUCCCGACUCCGUGUCGCCUGGCCGUAGGGAGAUGAGUGGCAGGGACGACCUUUAUCCACUCCCAAUGCUGCCCUCCUGGCUACCGGCCGCUGCCGCCGGGAUUGUCUCCUUGCACCUUAUCCAGAAACUCCUCUUCCCCUACUUCUGGGCUGACCUGAGAUACCUGGUGAAAGUACUGAUGCAUGGGCUGAGAGUGGAGGUGUACCGGCUGCAAGGGAGGAUUGUCACCACGCUGGACAAGUUUGUGAAGCUGUCUGAGAUGCAGCCCCACAAGCCAUUCCUCAUCUACGAAGGGAAGGUGCACACCUACCGGGAUGUGGACAGAAGGAGUAACAGGAUAGCACAGGUCUUCCUACACCAUGGAACUCUGAAGAAGGGCGACACGGUGGCCUUGCUGAUGGGCAACGAGCCAGACUUCAUCCAUGUGUGGUUCGGGCUGGCCAAGCUGGGCUGCGUGGUGGCUUUCCUCAACUUCAAUGUCCGCUCCAGGUCUCUGCUGCACUGUGUCAGUAGCUGUGAGCCCAAGAUACUUGUUGUGGGAGCAGAUUUGCUUGGGACGCUCCAAGAAAUUCUUCCUAACCUCCAAAAAGAUGUUAGCGUUUGGAUAAUGACCAAAGACACCACUUUUCCAAGUGUGCAUACCCUUUUAGACAAAAUAGAGGCUGUGUCUGAAGACCCUGUUCCAGUUAGUCGACGCUCUGCCAACAACCUCAAGUCAUCUGUUUUAUAUAUAUUUACUUCAGGAACAACAGGUCUUCCAAAGGCUGCAGUCAUCAGUCACAUGCAGGUUCUUAAAGGUGCUGCUGGACUGUGGGCAUUUGGCGCUACUGCAGAAGACAUAAUUUAUAUUACUCUGCCUCUUUAUCACAGUGCAGCAUCUCUUCUUGGCAUUGGUGGAUGCAUUGAAUUGGGUGCAACUUGUGUGUUAAAAAAGAAGUUCUCAGCUAGUCAGUUUUGGAGUGACUGCAAAAAGUACAAUGUGACUGUCAUCCAGUACAUUGGAGAACUUUGCCGUUACCUUUGCAGCCAGCCACUGAAAGAAGGAGAAAAAAAUCACAAAGUCCGACUAGCAGUUGGAAAUGGAGUAAGAAAUGAUGUAUGGAGAGAAUUUUUAGACAGAUUUGGCGCUAUUAAGAUCUGUGAAUUUUAUGGUGCUACUGAAGGAAACAUUUGUUUCGUGAACCACACAGGAAAAAUUGGAUCUGUUGGACGCACCAAUUUCUUUUAUAAGCUUUUUUUCCCAUUUGAUUUAAUCAAGUAUGAUUUCCAAAAAGAUGAACCAAUUAGAAAUAAGCAUGGUUGGUGUGAAAAAGUUAAGAAAGGUGAGGCUGGUCUUCUAAUUUCCAAAGUCAAUGCGAAGAACCCCUUCUUUGGUUACGCUGGCAAUAAGAGACACACAGAAAAGAAAUUACUCUGUGAGGUAUUUACGAAGGGAGAUCUUUAUUUUAAUACUGGAGAUCUAAUGGUUCAAGACCAUGAGAAUUUUCUUUAUUUUUGGGACAGGAUUGGAGAUACCUUCAGAUGGAAAGGGGAGAAUGUUGCAACUACAGAAGUUUCUGAUGUCAUUGUAAUGUUGGAUUUCAUACAAGAAGCAAAUGUGUAUGGUGUAUCUGUGCCAGAUUAUGAAGGAAAAGCAGGAAUGGCCUCUCUUAUUUUAAAGCAGAAUACAUCAUUAGACUUGGAGCAAAUGUAUAAGCAAGUAGUGACCUAUCUACCAAGUUACGCUUGUCCUCUUUUUUUAAGAGUCCAGGAAAAAAUGGAAAUGACUGGAACAUUCAAACAACAAAAAUUUCGACUGGUAGAUGAAGGUUUUAAUCCAUCUACAAUUACUGAUCCUCUUUAUUUUUUGGACAAUUCUAAGAAAGCGUAUGUCUUGUUAACCAAAGAAGUACAUGAGAUGAUCCUAUCUGGGAAAAUGAAACUUUAAUUAACCUAAUAAUAGGCUAUUAAGGGACAGUCUAUAUGAGCUACUGUAUGAGAAAACAGUAGCAUUAAUUACCCAUAUUUAUAUGUAGUUAUCCAGAAUAAUAUUUUAUAUACUUGAUAUUUACAUUCAGAUAAGUCUUGUAUCUUUCCUCAGUUGAUUAUUAAUGUUCACUAAUCAUUUUUUUACUUCUUGAGACCAAUUUCUAAGUGACCUGUAAAACGUGACUGAAAUCUAUUUUAGAAAUCUAAGUAGUGACUCUGAUAACAUUUCUUUGUCCUAAGUGAAGAUGGAUGAUAUGUGAUAUGAAAUAUAGAAAAAAAAGAUUCAACAUAUAAAGAUAUUGUGACACAAGGUGUUGUUUCUAGAGAGAGAAAAUAUGCCAGUAACAUUUUUUUUAAUGUAGCUUACAUUUUCAUAUAUAUUUCUGAAUAUAUAUUUUAAGAAAUAAAGACUUGACAGUGGUUGGAAUUAAAAAACCGACUCUUCUGCAGAGGACUUUUCUGGUGGAACACUAGAUGAAAGAAAGUGAAGAAGCUGCCCUCCAAUCAAACCCAAAGCUAAGGUUUCUACUAAAAUCACUGCUGAGAUUUUUUGUCAUAAUCCAUGCUCUUUCAUUUGUUAAACUGGCUGUUUGGAGUGUCAAAUUCUGAAGACAGAGCAAACUUUUGUGAAAUACUUAGCAACAGGUCAACAAUAAGCAGAGAAAAUGUGCACACUUAAUGGGUAAAAUUGCUUGUAUAGCAUAAAAAUAAUUAUUACAGCACUUUAUGUCAUACAUAUUGACUAACAAACAGCUUCCUUACUUUUAUUAAUGACUUCCAGAGAUUAUUAUUUUGAGUAUAAAAUAUAGCAGAAUUUUAAAAAUUCUAAAUCAUAUGUUCUAAUGCAUUGCUUUUUAAAAGUUUUAAAAUAAAGUGUAAGAUUAUUUAAACCAAAUUCCAUACUACCUCCAUUUGAUUUAAGUCUGAUUGUGUAAAGUCUGUUUUGAAGCCUGUUCUGAUGCACGACUUGCACAGUGACCUCCUCUAAUGGAUCAUGAUGCCAGCUUCUAUCAGCUGGAAGCAGUAUCAUAGAAUACUGAAAGGAUGACUGUCUUCAGCACUGGCCAUGGUAAGUCCCUCUUCUGUCAUAACAAUGGUGUGAAACCAGGCUGCCAUAAAACAGUAGGGUGUAACGUACUUAAAAAAUUAACUAUCUUUUCUUGUUUCUUCCUACUUUGUUCAUCUAACAAGACAUUAGAACUGGUGUCAACUUUUGAUUCUCUGAUUAUCACUUUCAUUGAUUUUCCUUAAAGCCCAAACCAAGGAUACAGUAAAAAUAUACGAAGAUUCAUAGCUUGCUUGUAUUUCUGAAUACCAUAUUCUUUAUGGGGAUGCCAGUAUAAAUAAGCAAGUUCAUGAUUUUGCAAUUUACAAAGCAACAAGACUAAACAGUACUUACACCAACAUCAUGCUUUAUGGUAGAUGUUAAUGUAACUGUUAAGUACCUAAUGAGGAAAGGAGAGGACUGCUGGGUAAGGAUGGAAGGGGUCACUAUGGUAGAGCACUUCCUGAGCAGUCCCAGGAAAAUCUUUCAUGUAGUUCCCAAAACGGCUGUCUAUGACUGUAUGCUGAGAGGGGGUGCUUUGCUAUUUAUUCAGAGAGAUGGAAGUGCAAUUGCUCUAUUCUGCAGGUAGUCACACUGUCCUAGGGAAAAACUGCAAAUUUAAGCAUCAAGUUUUUACCAUAAAAUUAAACCAAAUUUUGCAAAUUAGGUUAUAAUUUUGAGCAAAGGAUUGGUUGUUGAAAUUAAAAUUAUUUUAUCUCUUACACCUAUCUUAUCAUAAGUAU